CGCGGCGAUGUCAUGAAUGAAUCGCGCGAGUCGAAUCGUUUUAAAUGAUUCACUCACGAUUCGGACAGCAGCGGUUAAAAGCUCUCAGGAGUUGAAGCUCAUCAGUGAUUAACGACUUUAAUUGAGCUUGGCAGCCUCAUUCACUUUCAUUACAUCGAUAAGAGGAGAGAUCAUUACAUACUGUGUAUCAACAUGUACUUUUGUCUUUAACGGAAGAUAACCAUACGCAUUUCGACAGGAAGGCAACAAAACGAGACCAAAUAGUGUCCAGGAAUGUAGCAGUGAGGCUGGAGGAUGCAGCGCGUCUAUUGGCUGGUUAAACUCCAGCGCGUCCGAUUGGCCUGAGACGAACUUUGGGGUGAUGGAUCGAGGAGGAGCAGGACGUGGGAACUCUUACUUGUGAACCUACAUUAGUCUGAACAGGUCGGGACUAUGUGAACUGACCCCGGGCCGCUGCAUGGGUGCCUUCACUGCAUUGCCUAUCCACUGAACCCGUGAACGAGCAAUUUUUACGCGUGGGUAUAUUUACUGGCACGGGAAGCAUGCACCUUGCGCUUCUGCUAACGCUGGGUUUCGGGUUCGCGUUUGCAUGCCAGCUACCCAGCGAGUGGCGACCCCUCAGCGAGGGCUGUCGGGCUGAACUCGCCGAGAUCAUCGUGUACGCGAAGGUAUUGGCCAUCCACGAGGAGCCGUACGCGUCCAGUCUGUACAACUACCUGCCGUACCAGAAACACGAGCGCGCAGAGGACGCGCUGCUGUACGCGGCGGAGGUGGAGUUGCUAUGCGACCAGGCGUGGGGCAGCAUGCUGGAGGUGCCCGCGGGCUCGCGCCUCAACCUCACGGGACUCGGGUACUUCAGCUGUCAGUCACACACCGUGAUGGAAAACAACUCCUACAUAUUCUUCCUCAGAAUGGAUGAAAACUACAACAUCCUCCCUCAUGGAGUUAACUUCCAGGACGCCAUAUUCCCUGACACACUGGAUAACAGACGACUGUUUUCCAGCCUCUUCCAGUUCUCAAACUGCUCUGGCGGACAGACGGUGCACAACUUUAAUAGUGAUUGGGAGAGCCAGGAAGACAGCAGGCUGCUGUGUUCGUCCGUGCAGAAGGUGUUGUUCGAGGAGGAGGAACGGGUUGGACAGCUCCAGGAGCGUGUGGCUGAGCUGGAGAGGAAGAAUGAACAGUUAAAAGAACGAGUGGGGAAACUGAGGCAUUCUCUGAGGAAAGCCCGGAGGAUGUCCCGCCGCGCAGAGCGGGAACGCCUGGAGCUCCGAGAGCUCCUGAAGACGGCAGAGAGACGUGCAGGACAUCACCUCAAUGCCAUUCCACCCCAACACAGCCCUUCACGCCACAGAUACACACAUGGACUGUGAGCUCCAACACACAAACACCUUUACACACUGCAAAUAGCGAUUUUCUUACUCUGUGUUUUUGUCUUGUUUUCCAAAGUACAAAUAUCUUGACUUAAGAAGCAAGAUGACGUUGAACAAUUAGUCUUGUUUUCUGAUAAAUUCAUCAAAAUAAAAGUGAUUUAUGCUAAAAUUGAGAAAAAUAUCUACUGGAGAAAACAAGACAAAUACACUGGAGUAAGAAAAUCACUUUUUGCAGUGCAUUGACUCAUACAGACUGCAGGGCAGUCUUCAAAUCAAAUAUAUUUGAAUUUUUUGUUCUCUCCACGGCAAUUAAUUCAGCUCCACAUGCUUGAUGUAAACUAAAAAUGUUUUGUACAUAAUUUUCAUGUUGACACUGAUCAAGUAAGCUUAAACUUGAUAUGCUUUUUAAAGAAAUUUAAGAUUAAAAAAAGAACAGCUUUUUCUGAACUGACUCUUACAAAUGUCUUGUUAGUGUAACCUGAUGUAUUUGAUCUAAUUCUGUCAUAUAAAAAAUAUUUGUGACUUUUAUUUUGAAUUAAACCAACUAAUUUAGAUGUCGCCACAUGUGGCACAUUUAAA